GGCUCUGUCCCUCUGCCUCCCUGCCCGUCUGUCCGUCUCUUAGCCCCACAUCCUCAUCCAGGAGGAGGGAGAUGUCUGCCGUGGCUCCGGAUGGGUGGGUGGUUUCCAGCCUCGGCAUCGCCAGCCAGAAAGGAGAAAUCCCAGCAGCCCCUGCCGAUGCUGGGCUCUGAGGCAGCACCCACUUCGGUCCCCAACGAAAAUGGAUCCGUCCCGCUGCACCGUCCUCUCUUCUCGGCAGCCUCUCUGGGCGUCGGCUGGGGCUUCUGGAGCAGCGGGUGAGGAGACUUUACCACGGACAGCUGCACAGUAGACAAGGAGAAAACUCACAAUUUAAAAAAAGGAAAAACAAACAAGGAAAGGAAAAUGACGCCUCCUGCUUGAGGGGACGGAAACAUCGAUUGGUCCAACUCAGUGCGAAACCAUGUCAAAGAAAGGUCGCAGUAAGGGCGAGAAGCCUGAGGUCCUUAUUGUUGCUCUUCAAGCUGCCAAUGAGGACCUUAGGACCAAGCUCACAGACAUCCAGAUUGAGCUUCAUCAGGAGAAGUCCAAGGUAGCAAAACUCGAAAGAGAGAAAACGCAAGAGACGAAGCGGAUCCGUGAGCUGGAGCAGCGUAAGCACACGGUCCUGGUGACGGAGCUGAAGGCCAAACUCCACGAGGAAAAGAUGAAGGAGCUGCAGGCCACGCGGGAGAACCUGAUCAAACAGCACGAGCAGGAAAUGUCUCGGACGGUCAAAGUCAGAGACGGGGAGAUCCAGCGGCUCAAGUCGGCCCUGCUCGCUCAGAGGGACGGGAGCGGCGACAAAGUCAGGACGGCGCUGACCAUUGAGGCCCGGGAAGAGGCCAGGAAACUGUUUGACUCUGAGCGCCUUAAGCUUUUACAGGAAAUCACGGAGCUGAAAUCCGCCAAGAAGCAGGUGGACGAGGCGCUGAAUAACAUGAUCCAGGCCGAUAAGAUCAAGGCAGGGGAUCUCCGGAGCGAGCACCAGUCCCAUCAGGAGGCCAUCUCGAAGAUCAAGUGGGAGUGCGAGAGGGACAUUCGCAGGCUGAUGGAUGAAAUCAAGGCAAAGGAUAGGAUCAUCUUCUCCCUGGAGAAAGAACUGGAAACUCAAACGGGCUAUGUGCAGAAACUCCAGCUGCAGAAGGAAGCUCUGGACGAACAGCUCUUCCUGGUCAAGGAAGCCGAGUGCAACAUGAGUAGUCCCAAGCGGGAGAUCCCGGGAAGGGCAGGAGAUGGCUCCGAGCACUGCAGCAGCCCGGAUUUACGAAGGAAUCAGAAGAGGAUGGCCGAGUUGAACGCCACUAUACGGAAACUUGAGGACAGGAACACGCUGCUUGGGGACGAAAGGAACGAAUUGCUAAAACGUGUCCGAGAAACUGAGAAACAAUGCAAGCCUCUCCUGGAAAGGAACAAGUGCCUCACCCGGAGAACCGACGAGCUCACACAGGCUUUACAGCGCACGGAAGAGAAGCUGAAAGCCCUCGCUAAGGAAAACUCGGAAAUGAGAGACAAAAUAGCAUCACACCCACCUCUGAAGAAAUUGAAGUCUCUAAAUGACUUAGAUCAAGCUAAUGACGAUCAAGAGACAGAGUUCUUAAAACUACAGGUUAUCGAACAGCAGAACAUCAUUGAUGAAUUAACGCGGGACAGAGAAAAGCUUAUUCGUCGCAGGAAGCAUAAAAGAAGUUCCAAGCCAAUUAAGAGGCCUGUUUUGGACCCAUUCAUUGGCUAUGAUGAUGACUCCAUGGAUUCGGAAACAUCGUCCAUGGCUUCAUUCCGAACAGACCGGACACCAGCCACUCCGGAUGAUGACUUGGAGGAAGGUUUAGCAGCUGAAGAAUCAGAGCUGAGAUUUCGACAGUUAACGAAAGAAUACCAAGCUCUCCAGAGAGCGUACGCAUUGCUGCAGGAGCAAACGGGAGGCAUCAUAGAUGCAGAAAGAGAAGCUAAGGCCCAGGAACAGCUCCAGGCAGAGGUGCUGAGGUACAAAGCCAAAAUUGAAGACCUGGAAACAACUUUGGCACAAAGAGGGCAGGAUUCACAUUGGGUGGAAGAUAAACAACUGUUCAUUAAAAGAAACCAGGAACUUUUGGAAAAGAUAGAAAAGCUGGAAGCCGACAGCAGCCGGUUGCAACAGGAACUGCAGGAUGCCAGAGACCAGAAUGAACUGCUGGAGUUCAGAAACCUAGAGCUAGAAGAAAGAGAAAGACGAUCCCCUCCAUUUAAUCUUCAAAUUCAUCCAUUCUCAGAUGGUGUAAGUGCUCUACAGAUUUACUGUAUGAAAGAAGGUGUCAAGGAUGUAAGCAUUCCAGACCUCAUAAAACAGCUUGAUAUCCUGGGUGACAACGGGAAUUUAAGAAACGAAGAACAAGUGGCUAUAAUUCAGGCUAGCACCGUGCUCUCCCUGGCGGAAAAGUGGAUCCAGCAGAUCGAAGGGGCAGAAGCCGCCCUCCAUCAGAAGAUGAUAGAAUUGGAGAGUGACAUGGAGCAGUUCUGUAAAAUAAAAGGCUACCUGGAAGAAGAACUGGACUACAGAAAGCAAGCUCUGGACCAAGCAUACAUGAGGAUCCAGGAGCUGGAAGCCACUUUGUAUAAUGCUUUACAACAGGAAACGGUGAUAAAGUUUGGAGAAUUAUUAAGUGAAAAGCAACAGGAGGAGCUGAGGACGGCAGUAGAAAAAUUGCGGAGACAGAUGCUGCGAAAGAGCAGAGAAUACGACUGCCAAAUCCUGCAGGAGAGAAUGGAACUGCUCCAGCAAGCCCAUCAGAGAAUUCGUGAUUUAGAAGACAAAACUGAUAUCCAGAAAAGACAGAUAAAGGACUUAGAAGAAAAGUUUCUGUUUCUAUUCUUGUUCUUCUCUCUUGCCUUUAUUCUUUGGCCUUGAUGUCAAGGUACUUCUUAAAAAGAGUCACAGACAACACGGAUAAAGCCUUGGAAAGGCAAAUGCUUCCAAACCUGCGAAGGAGAACAUUGUUUACACCAACUGGGGGAAAAAUAAGAGGCACCUAGGAGACAGGACUCCAAUCAUGUAUUAAAGCCAUUAAUCCAGACUUCUUACUGACAGUUCCCGUGUGACCCUGUCUAAAUCUACAAUAUAUGCUGCAUUUAAAGAAAUGUAUAUGUCAAACUAGAAAGGAAAAAAAAACCAACAACAACCUGUGAACAUAUAUUGUUAAAAGAACAAGGAAGAAACCGCUUUCAGCAGGUCAAACAAAACUGUGUCUUGGGCAUGGAACCAAAGUUACCAAGGAACAGUCUCCCCUGCUGUGCAGGGUGUCAUUUUAAUGUAACAUCAAUGCGCCAUGAAAGACUAGGACUAAUAGUCGACAUCAUUUUCAAAAGGGACUGAGCAGGAGGAUUACCUUGCAAACUCCAAGGAGCAAUUUACAAUAAAAGAUUAAAUUUGAAAA